GGUUAUCUGUGUUUGUAGAAGCUUACACUGGUCUUUUGGUAUAAAAGAGGCGAUGUGUGCAGAAUCGUCAACACUGCAGCAGAAGCAGAACUGGUCUCUCAUCUCACUGUGCACAUAUCUCAUCAUUAAAGACAUGACGGGGAAAGUUGUCCUGGUGUUUGCACUGUUGGUUGCACUUGUUGUGUCUGGUGCAGCCUCCUCACCUGGAUAUGCAAAAGACACUAAUGCACUCCAGCAGCUUCUAGCCAAGAGGGGGAAAGUGAUAGACAUGGCUGCCAGACAAGAGCCGCCGUCCCACUCUCACUCUGCACGGACGCAGAGACGGGCACACCUAUCAGAGGAUGAACGUGAGAUCAUGACCAAACAAGUAAUGCAAGCUAUCUCAGAGAUGAUGAACUCUGACUGCAUGCUGGAUCGGGACUACCAGGGCUGGGUCGACUUCGGACGCCGGGACGCAGAGUGAGACACAGCGGCGACCUGAGAGAUCGGCCUCCAUGCUUUCUGUUCAGAUUUUACAUGAAGUCAAUGUUUAUUUUCCCUGCACCUUUUUAAAUAAACCUUUUUAUGCAGAAUUAUCAAAUGUGUUACUUCAAUACUGUCAUGAGGGAAUAAAGGAGAUGAAACAGCAUUCGAUGAAAAUGCAAAGUUUAUCCACAGGUGGUAAAAAUUGUACACAUACAUAUGUACAGCUUUGAUGCAAACACAGAAGAAACAGCAGCGCAGAGUGGUUUGGUUGAUUCAAGUCACAACACAGAUUAUUGCAACCUGUGUUCAUGGUUUCUUCCCUUUUUAAUCUAUAGUUUCCUAUGCCUUUUUGCUACGGAUGAUUGCUUGACAGUGAUUUUGAAGAAUAAUGCUGUCUAUAUAAAAAUGAACACUCUUCUACUUGUCAUUUAAAUAACGUCAUGGAGAAUUCACAAAACAAUUGAGUUCAUUGAUAUCCCAGUGAUUUCAAAAUCCCUGAUGACAUUGAAUACAGCACAAGCAAAAUUUUCAGAAGAACAGUUCACAAACAUGU